AUGCGCCCUCUGACAGACGAAGAAACUGAAAAAUUUUUCAAAAAGCUUUCAAAUUAUAUUGGUGACAACAUUAAACUUUUAUUGGAAAGGGAAGAUGGAGAAUAUGUUUUUAGAUUACAUAAAGAUAGAGUUUAUUAUUGCAGGUUUUUAUUUUUUGUUUUGAUUCUAAAUAGAGGGCUCUCACAAAAUAAGGGGAUACAAAGGAUUUAAUGGGAUUACUAUUGAAUUUUGAGUAUAAUAUAAUAUGGACUCGUUCUAUUACGGGUAGAUAAAGUGGGUAGGAUUUCGGAUCGGGUAUUGGACAGAGGUG